CGGAUCUUCUCUCUCUCUCUCUGCCCUAACCGGUCCGGUUACUUCUCCACGGUUCUCUUUUCUCACAAUCCCCAUUCUUCCUUCAAUUAAAAAAAAAAAAAAAGCGAUUCAACAAAACCGGUGGUUGAUGUGAUUAUUGGGAAAAUGGGUUCAAAUCUGGAACCAGUGCCAAUUACAUCCCAGAAACAUGACCCAGCAUGGAAGCAUGUUCAGAUGUUUAAGAAUGGGGACAAGGUGCAACUGAAGUGCAUAUAUUGUCUCAAGAUGUUUAAGGGUGGUGGGAUUCAUAGGAUUAAGGAACAUCUUGCUUGUCAGAAAGGGAAUGCAUCCACUUGCAGCCGUGUCCCUCAUGAUGUUAGGCUUCAUAUGCAGCAGAGCUUGGAUGGGGUUGUGGUGAAAAAGAGGAAGAAGCAGAAAAUUGAGGAUGAGAUUAUGAAUGUUAAUCCUUUGGCUACUAUUGUGAACACAGUUGCCAAUCAGGUGGAUGUGAAUGACGGGCUCCAGUCCAUUGGAGCACAUAAUUCAUUGGAACAUAAUUUAAAUCUGGUGGUGAAUGCUGGUGAAGGAAUGAGUAAAAAUGUAGAAAGAAGGAAGAAGAUAAGAGCCAGCAAGAAGUCUGCACUUGCUUAUGCAAAUUCUGAGGGUGUUGUUGCUAUGGAGAAAAAUGUACUGUUCCCCAAAAAGGUGGACAAUCACAUUCAUAUGGCAAUAGGUCGGUUUUUGUAUGAUAUUGGUGCACCUUUUGAUGCUGUGAACUCGAUUUAUUUUCAGCAAAUGGUUGAAGCCAUUGCUUCGGCGGGUUCAGGUUUUGCACGUCCCUCACAUCAUGAACUUCGGGGUUGGAUCCUGAAAAACUCUCUGGAAGAAGUGAAGAAUGAUGUAGAUAGAUGCAAGAUGACAUGGGGUAGGACUGGCUCUUCUAUUUUGGUUGACCAAUGGACUACAGAAACUGGUAGAAUACUUAUAUGCUUUUUGGCGUAUUGUCCUGAAGGAAUAGUCUUUUUGAAAUCCUUGGAUGCAACUGAGAUUUCGACUUCUGCAGAAUUUCUAUAUGAGAUAUUAAAACAAGUAGUAGAAGAAGUUGGAGUUGGGCAAGUGCUGCAAGUGAUUACAUCAGGUGAAGAACAAUAUGCGGCUGCUGGGAGACGGCUGACUGACACUUUUCCUACCCUUUACUGGAGUCCUUCUGCAGCUCAUUGCAUUGAUUUGAUACUUGAAGAUUUUGGAAAUCUUGAUUGGAUUAGUGCAGUCAUUGAACAAGCUAAAUCUAUAACAAGAUUUGUCUACAAUUGUAGUGCAAUUUUGAACAUGGUUAAAAGGUAUACGUUAGGGAAUGAUAUUGUGGAUCCCUCUUUCUCUUGCUUUGCAACAAACUUUACCACAUUGAAACGAAUGGUUGAUCUUAAACACAAUUUACAGGCCAUGGUCACUUCCCAGGAGUGGAUGGAUAGCCCAUACUCAAAGAAACCAGCAGGUCUGGAAAUGUUAGAUUGCCUAAGCAAUCAAACAUUUUGGUCCUCCUGUGACAUGAUUGUUCGUCUAACAGUUCCUCUCUUGAGAGCUCUGAGAAUAGCUGCUAGUGAGAUGAGACCCGCAAUGGGAUACAUUUAUGCUGGAAUGUACCGGGCGAAAGAAGCAAUUAAGAAAGCACUUGUUAAGAGGGAGGAUUAUAUGGUGUACUGGAAUAUUAUACAUCAUAGAUGGGAAAGGCUGUGGCAUCAUCCUCUUCAUGCUGCAGGCUUCUACCUUAAUCCAAAGUUCUUCUAUAGUAUUCAAGGGGAUAUACACAAUGAGAUUCUCUCAGGGAUGUUUGACUGCAUAGAGAGAUUGGUACCUGAUACAAGAAUCCAAGAUAAAAUUAUCAAAGAGAUAAACUUAUACAAGUCUGCUGCAGGAGACUUUGGGAGAAAGAUGGCAGUCAGAGCUAGAGAUAAUCUGCUUCCUUCCGAAUGGUGGUCGACAUAUGGAGGAGGCUGCCCUAAUUUGUCACGUCUAGCAAUUCGUAUUCUCAGUCAAACAUGCAGUGUGAUGGCCUGCAAGAGAAACCAGAUUCCUUUCGAACAAAUGAUCCAUACAAGGAAUUAUAUAGAGCGCCAACAUCUUACUGAUCUUGUCUUUGUUCAUUACAACUUACGAUUAAGACAAACGUUUAUGAAUAAAGAACAAGAUUUUAGUGAUCCCCUAUCAUCUGACAACAUUAGUAAUGUUGAAGACUGGAUCAGGCCAAGGGAUUUAUACUUAGAAGAGUGUGGGAACUCAGAUUGGAUGGCAUUGGAUCCGUCUUCUGUUAACACGAUGCUUUUAAGGCCUUUAAAUGAUGAAGUUGAAGAAUUGAGUGGAGGUUUUGAUGAUAAUGAGAUUUUCAGUUGCAUGAAAGAUGGCGAGGAUGAAAAUACCGGAGACAAGUUGGUAAACCAUUAGCGCAUGAUCAAAAGAACCAUGCUUUUGUAUGUAGAGACAGCUUUCUAAAUUAUUGCCUAGUACAGAAAAAGUGUAAUAUCCAAAUGUUUGGAAUGUUUCCCAAAUACUAGUUGGUAGAAAUUAAUCUUGAAAAUAGAGGGAAACUGGAGAGGAUCCUUAUGGACAGACAGGUGAGGGCAUCCUAGUUAUUGUUAGAUAUAUAUAUAU